AUGAAUCUUGGCUCUGGAAAGUUCGAGAAAACCAAUUUGCUUCCAGGCUGGCUGAAAUACGAGAACAUUUACCCACAACAGGCUUUAACGUGUUCAGCAUGCUAUGAAGCGCACUCACAAAGCUCUUACAUGUUUGUCAUCAGGAAUGCAUCAGUUGUGUGUCGAAGUGGUCUUGUAUCACUUAUAGAAUGGGUAGAAAUCUUACUGUAUCUCCCUCAGCUGCAUGCAUUUUAUUGUACCAAAACUUAUAAACGCAUGAUAGUUUCAAAUUUGCGACCGGGCUGGUUGGUCAACGUUGCGAGGAUGACAUCAGCGCUCCAUGAGGGAGAAGGGACAUUUAGGGAUGGGAAGAUGUGGGGCGAUGGGGGGGGGGAGGGGAGAGGAGGUCAACCUGGAGAACAUCCUUGGGUGAUCCAUUCGUAUGCUUUGGUACACAACUGA